UUUACUGUCACACACAGAGAGACAGACAGAGUGUCUGUGCUUUCCCAAAAACUUAGCAUCGACAAACGACCUUAUGAUGUGAGGGGUUUGGAAACAGUGACGAAGGGACACAACAAUAGGAUUGGAUUACCUCUCGUCAAACUGUAACAAACAAAAACACUCCUAUGCCCUCUGCCACAGGAAUACCUAGAAGAACGCCAACACACGAUGUGUAUUGUAUGUAUUGAAAAUACGUUGAGAAUUAGUGACAAAGAUAAUGCUACUUCAUACUUUACUCCUCCAAAAUGUGCACUCCCUGUCGAAUCAAGAAACAACAUGCUUGUUUCGCAAAUUAGAGAGGACCAUGAGUUUGAUUGAAGGUUCUUUUUCGAGCUUUUGUGCACACAAUUGAAUAUUUCAAGUUCAUAGCUUAACAACAAAAAUAUUACAAUGUUUUUCUUAUCCAGAGGAGCACCAACUUAAGUUAUAAAAUCUCUUUAUCGUGUUUUUUAAUUCAUCAACUGCUAUGUGGAGCCAACCCUUUAGGGCAGCAGAAGGGUGGGGGUAAUAUGCCCAGUAAUGAAGAAUGUGGAAUCCGAGAUGUAUGGAACCACAAUCUCGAGGAAGAGUUUCGCACUAUUCGGCAGAUUGUGCAACAAUAUCAAUAUAUCGCAAUGGACACAGAGUUUCCAGGAGUUGUUGCAAGACCAAUAGGUGAAUUUAGGACGAGCGCAGAUUAUCAAUAUCAGUUGCUGCGCUGCAAUGUAGACCUUUUAAGAAUCAUACAGCUUGGACUCACAUUUCUUGACGAAUCGGGGAAUACACCAGCAGGAUACACAACGUGGCAGUUUAAUUUCAAGUUCAACUUGGCGGAAGAUAUGUAUGCUCAAGAUAGUAUAGACAUGCUGCAAAAUAGUGGUAUACAAUUCAAAAAACACGAAGAAGAAGGCAUUGACCCUCUGGAUUUUGCAGAGCUAUUAAUGACUUCUGGAAUCGUACUGGUAGAUGAUAUAAAAUGGUUAUCAUUUCAUUCUGGCUAUGAUUUUGGAUAUCUGCUGAAACUUCUUACGGAUCAAAAUUUACCACAAGAAGAAAGUGAAUUCUUUGAACUUCUGAGGAUAUAUUUUCCAACAAUAUAUGACGUGAAGUAUCUUAUGAAAUCCUGUAAAAACUUGAAAGGAGGCUUACAAGAGGUAGCUGAACAACUAGAACUACAAAGAGUGGGUCCUCAGCAUCAAGCUGGUUCAGAUUCGCUCCUCACUGGAAUGGUCUUUUUCAAAAUGCGAGAAAUGUUUUUCGAGGACAACAUUGACGAUGCCAAGUACUGCGGUCAUCUUUAUGGAUUGGGAACGUCUUUUGUCGUCAACGGUUCCGGAGGCUACCUUGACAGCAACGGCGACAACUCAUCGUCAUCGUAAUAAGAACACGCAACACGUCAUGUCCAUCAAUGAUGAUUUUCUGUGAAUAAUUCGUACAUGAACCUGAUAAUGAAGUCCAGAUUACCUGUCGCGUGUAGAUUCUGUACAAUUCACAAAGAAACUUUCAGUAAAUUUUUUUAAUUUUGUCAUACAAAUAUUUCAUUUUAAAGAAAAACAAAGAGUUAUGCGAGAAAGAGUUGAAAACCUUGUAGAGACACGAGUUUUAUUACAAAAUUACAGUUGACUGUAAGUUAGUGAAACUGAUCGUCCUUGUUCACUUUUGCUUUUUUUUAAAAAAGGCAAGAGCUUUUGUAACUUCAUUUUUUCCGCGCUUAUUGUUGAUAUGUCUGUUUUUUCUCGAGCUCUGUUCCGAUUUAGAGCCUGCGUGUAUAUUAACAUGCUGAAUGUUUUCUUUCUUUUUUGUAAAAAACGAUUGUGAAUAUAUAUUAACUCUAAAUCGAGCAACAAAAAAACUAUUUUUGCUUUCCUUUCCGUUCGCGAGAGCAAGACAGCUGCGAUUAAUAAGCCUAGGGCUCAAUGUCACAUGUAAAUGCUAUCGUUAACGACCAUUGUUUUACUGUCUUCUUUUCUGUCAAACCCCCAAAUAAACUGUGAUUCUCACAUUGCUCCGUAAAAAACA